AUGGGCAAGGAAAUUGAGACUGGGGAGACUCGUGAGACCUGGCGGACAGACUCGUCACGCUCAGUCGACGUCCAAGAUGUCCCAACAACCCCAAUAGUCGAGCCCAAGAAUGCUUGGUGGCACCCAGUCAAGGAGCCUGGGUCGGCCGCUCAGAUUGUCAUCGCUGCAAUAGUAGCCAUCGGCAUUGGCCUUGCUGUUUCCAGCACCGUCGACGUCGACACCAUUCCAAGGGCUUGUCCUGAGAUCCUUGAGAUUCCAGGGACAACUUGGCUCAGAGCAUUGAGGGCUACUGUGCUGCCUCUGAUUAUCACCUCUCUCAUCCUAGCGAUCCAGUCGCUCCGUGAUCUGGGAAGCGGAAAUGGCGCACUCAUUGCGAAAUGGACUCUGGGUUAUUACCUUAUCACCACGAUUAUUGCUAUUGUGUUCUCGAUCUUGACUGUUGCCCUUGGCUGGCGCCGUCUAAUGGUUAACGUGGGAGGCGAAGCAAGCGGAGAAGCCGAUUCUGGUCUCGAUACCGACGAUGCCCCCAGCGAGCCUCAUGAAGCUGUAGUCCUACUAUUCGAGACACUGAUACCUCAAAACAUCUUCAAGGCCUUGGCUGACGACGUCUUGCUGAGUGUGAUGGUGAUCAGUAUCAUCGUGGGCUGCCUCCUGAAGCGCGACAGUCCCAUCCUGAGGGUUGUCAAAGAGAUCGAGGAGAUGGUUAUCAAGAUCAUAACCUUCCUUAUCAAGCUCGCCCCGAUCGGUGUCUUCUUCCUCAUCCUACCCAACAUGUUCCGUCUGGAUAUUUCAGAGAUUGGCCAGAACCUUGGCGUGUUGAUCGGAGCCGCACUGUCGGGAAUGUUCAUUCACAUGUUCAUUACCUUAUCAAUCAUCUAUGCUGUUCUAGUAAAGGAGAACCCUUAUACCUUUUUCCUGCGCAUUUCGCCAGCCUGGAUGACUGCUUGGGGUUCUGCGAGCUCGGCUGCUACACUGCCAGUAACCAUGAAGACGACGAUUGCGCAAGGUGUUCCGAUGAUUGUGACCAAGUUCACAGUACCAGUUGGAUGUCUCGUCAACAUGGAUGGAACUGCCAUUUAUUUCCCUGUUGUGGUAACAUUUAUGGCUGCUACCCAAGGGAAGACCCUCGACGGAGCACAGUAUGUGAUCGUCAUGUUGCUCUCGACGCUGGCAACCAUCGGGGCUGCGCCAAUUCCCAGCUCCUCACUCGUUCUCACGGUUAUGAUCUGCGAGGCCAUAAAUAUUGAGAUCUCAGAGAUGUUUGCCGUCGUGAUAGCCAUCGACUGGUUUUUGGAUCGUUUCAGGACGGCAGUCAACGUUUGUGGGGAUUGUUAUGCGGCCAAAGUGGUCGCAAAGAUGACUGGUAUAAAAGACAGCGAUGACGACUAUGACGGGGAGGUGGUUGAAGGUGUUGCAGUGAGAGGGGAUGGGGACCAGCAAGCAUGA